AUGAGAUUUUCAACUGUUGUAGCUACUUCAUUAGCUUUCUUGUCAUCCGCCGUUGUUUCAAAGGACGUUGCUUGUUUAGUCGACGGUCAAUCCGUUGCUGUUGUGGACUUAGACACUGGUGUUUGUCCAUUCACUAUUCCAUCAGGAUUGCCAGCUCCUCUUUUCACUUACACUGCUGAUGACGAUUACGAUGCGUUAUUCUACUACUCAAUCGUUGAAUCUACUAGAUACUUUACUGAUAUUGUCAAUGCUGGUAACAUUAUUAGCAUUCCAGCUAGGUUGUUGUACGGGAAAUCAGGUGCUCCAUUAUACCAAGUCCAAGCUCAAGAAGAGCCAGCUUCCAACUCCACCGGUGCUAUCAGAAAGAGAUUGAUGAAAGGAAAAGAUUUAAUGCCAACUCCAUUCAACAAGAGAGAUGCUCAAUCCUUGGCUGAUUCGUUGGAAAGCAAAGAUGGUACCUUCAUUGCUAACUCUGCCUUUGAAGUCGUUGAUAUUACCGAAUCUUCCUCCUCGUCUGGUGCUGCUGGUGAAACUGGUGUUGAAACCAUCCGUUCAACUACUGUUUUGACUGAAACUGUUGACUGUUCAACCACUACUGGUACUACUACCUUGCCAAACGGUGAAACUUCAACUUUCACUUCAUCAUCACCAAUCUUGUCUACUGUUACUGCUGAUGUUACUUCUGUCAUCACCAUCACUUCAUGUCACGAAGACUUAUGCCACAAGACUACCGUUGAGGCCACUUUAUCCGCCACCACCAAGACCGUUUCAGGUAUUGAAACAAUUUACACCACUUACUGUCCACUCACUUCAGUUGAAACUCCAGAAUCUACCAAGAUUAUCACCACCACUGACCACGAAGGUAAACCAUCAACUGUCACUGCCGUUCCAGUCUUGACCACUGAAACUGUUGGUGGUACUGUUACUGAAUACGUCACUUACUGUCCUCUUUCAUCUUCUGCUGGUGGUGCUGCUCCAUCAUCUGUCCCAGUUGCAACUACCACCUACACCUCUGAAGGAACUGUUGUCACCUCAACCAUUUACGGUACUACUGAGGCUACUACUGCUCCAUCAUCUGUCCCAGUUGCGACUACCACAUACUCAUCCGAAGGUACAGUUGUUACUUCUACUGUUUAUGGAACUACUGAGAAAUCAACUGGUGAAGCUACUGCUGCACCAUCAUCUGUCCCAGUUGGAACUACUACUUACACCUCCGGUGGUAGUGCUGUAACCUCAGUUAUUUAUGAAACUGUUGCUGGUGAAUCAACUACCGCUGCUGGUGAAGGUGAAAACACCACUGUCGCUGCUCAAUCAACUACCGCUGCUGGCGAAGGUGAAAACACUGGUGUCGCUGAAACUCAAACCACUGUCGCUGGCCAAUCAACUACCCCAGCCGAAGGUGAAACUGCAACUGGUGCUGUUACAACCUACGAAGGCGCUGCUGCUUCUAACGGGGCCACCUACUUGGCAUUAGCCUUGAUCCCAUUGGCUUACUUCAUUUAG